GCAUAAACCCACAAGAAAGAAGAACAGAAAAGAGAGGGAAAAAGAAGAGAAGGAAAGAUGAAGAUAGAGGAGGUACAAUCCACCACAAAGAAGCAGAGAAUUGCUACUCAUACUCAUAUUAAAGGCCUUGGACUCGAGCCCAAUGGAAAAGCAAUGCCUUGGGCAGCAGGAUUUGUGGGGCAGGCUGCAGCUAGAGAAGCUGCUGGCCUUGUUGUUGAUAUGAUUCGCCAAAAGAAGAUGGCAGGGCGGGCACUUCUAUUUGCUGGACCUCCUGGUACUGGGAAAACAGCUCUUGCCCUUGGAAUAUCCCAAGAACUUGGGAGCAAGGUUCCAUUCUGCCCAAUGGUUGGGUCAGAAGUGUAUUCAUCUGAAGUAAAGAAAACUGAAGUUUUGAUGGAGAAUUUUAGACGAGCUAUUGGUCUCCGUAUCAAAGAAAAUAAGGAAGUGUACGAAGGAGAGGUCACUGAACUAUCUCCUGAAGAAACUGAAAGUGUGACCGGAGGAUAUGGUAAAAGCAUCAGCCAUGUCAUCAUUGGUUUAAAAACUGUCAAAGGUACCAAGCAGUUAAAGCUGGACCCAACAAUAUAUGAUGCACUGAUUAAAGAAAAGGUAGCUGUUGGUGAUGUUAUAUAUAUUGAAGCAAAUAGUGGAGCAGUUAAAAGGGUAGGCAGGAGUGAUGCUUUUGCUACUGAGUUUGAUCUUGAGGCAGAAGAAUAUGUCCCAUUACCUAAAGGGGAAGUUCACAAGAAAAAGGAGAUAGUCCAGGACGUCACAUUGCAUGACCUGGAUGCUGCAAAUGCAAGGCCUCAAGGUGGACAAGAUAUAUUGUCCCUGAUGGGUCAGAUGAUGAAACCAAGGAAAACAGAGAUUACUGACAAGUUGCGUCAAGAAAUCAAUAAGGUUGUGAACCGUUAUAUUGAUGAAGGUGUUGCAGAGCUUGUUCCAGGAGUCUUGUUUAUUGAUGAGGUUCAUAUGUUGGAUAUGGAAUGCUUUUCAUACUUGAACCGUGCUGUAGAAAGUUCUCUAUCACCAAUAGUGAUUUUUGCCACAAAUAGGGGAAUAUGUAAUGUCAGAGGAACAGAUAUGACAAGCCCUCAUGGCAUACCCAUCGACUUACUUGACAGAUUAGUGAUUAUACGGACUGAAACGUAUGGUCCAGCUGAGAUGAUACAGAUAUUAGCAGUCCGUGCACAGGUAGAGGAACUGGUAAUUGAUGAAGAAAGCCUGGCUUUCCUUGGAGAGAUAGGACAGCGAGCAUCUUUGAGGCAUGCAGUUCAAUUGUUAUCACCGGCCAGUGUCGUAGCUAAAAUGAAUGGUCGUGACAAUAUAUGCAAGGCGGAUCUUGAGGAAGUGAACUCCCUAUAUCUGGAUGCAAAGUCUUCGGCCAGUCUUCUUCAGGAGCAGCAUGAUAAAUACAUAUCGUAGUGAACAAAUAAGAUGAACUCGUUGAUGCAAUCUUUGAUGUCAAGACGCUUGAUUCUAACCCCUGAGAAGAGUAUUAUCCAAAUUUCCGAGGCAUUGGUUCUGAUGAGAUUGAAUGCAACUCGGCCAGUCUUCUCUGGUCACCAUCUGUUUUUGCCUAGGUUGUGGGGAAGGGAUAUGGGUUGAUUCAACAUGCAAUCUAAUUAGAAAGUAGUCGUGUUCUAAUGCUUCGUGGCAUAAUUUUGACAUCAAAUGUGGAAAGCGCAUUCUUGUUUUUACUUGUAGUAACUGGUGUGGCUUUCAUGUUGCUGUGAGCGUUACAAAACUUGAUCAGUUUGGCUUUGAUGGAGUCCAUCUGCAAAAUGUGAGCAAAUGGGAUCGGAAUGGAAUCGUAUCUUUUGAUGAGGAUCUAUUUGUAAUUUUCAACUCUAGACUAAUUCGUGUUAGCAAUACGAUAUAAUAUUAUUUGUAAA